AUGCCGUGCGGGCAGCCCGACAGCGGGGCCGCCGCGGCGCGGUACGUGCUGGGGGUGGACGUGGGCAGCACGGUGGUGAAGUGCCACGUCUACGACCGGGCGGCCGCCGUCAGGGGUUCCAGCCACAGGAAGGUAGAAUCACUUUAUCCUCGUCCUGGAUGGGUUGAAUUAGAUCCUGAAGUGCUAUGGAGUCAAUUUAUUGGUGUAAUAAAAGAGGCUGUACAAGCUGCAGGACUUCACAUGAGGCAAAUUGCUGGUCUUGGCAUCUCCACCCAGAGAGGAACUUUCAUCACAUGGCACAAGAGGACAGGGAGACCUUUUCAUAAUUUCAUAAGUUGGCAAGACUUAAGAAGUGCUGAACUUGUGAAUUCCUGGAAUAACUCCCUGCUGCUGAAGGUAAUCCAUGUUAUUUUUACAGCACUUCAUUUCUUGACUGGGAAUGAUCGAUUUUUGGCACCCAGUUUUCUUACUUUUUCAACACAUCAAGCUUCUAUGAAGUUGUCAUGGGUUUUUAAAAACAUACAUGAGGCUGAAGAAGCUGCCAGAAAAAACAACUGCUGCUUUGGAACGGUUGACACGUGGUUACUGUAUAGAUUGACUAAAGGUUCUGUGUAUGCUACAGAUUACUCAAAUGCCAGUUCCACAGGCAUUUUUGAGCCCUUUACGAAAUGUUGGAAUCCCACUUUAUGUAAUCUACUUUCAAUUCCAGUGUCUAUUUAUCCACCAGUGAGAGACACAAGCUUCAACUUUGGAUCAACUGACUCUGAAAUAUUUGGGGUACCUAUUCCAAUAAUGGCAGUGGUAGCUGAUCAGCAGUCAGCCAUGUUUGGAGAAUGCUGCUUUCACCCAGGAGAUGUUAAACUGACAAUGGGAACAGGUGGCUUCUGGAAUGUCAAUACUGGAGAGCAUCUCUUUGCAGCACGGGGAAGUCUUUAUCCACUGAUCGGUUGGAAGAUUGGGGAAGAAGUUGUUUAUUUAACUGAAGGCUCCAUAUCAGACGUUGGCACUGCCAUAAAAUGGGCUCUGGAUAUAGAACUUUUCACCAAUGUAGAUGAAACAGCAGAAAUGGCACAGAGUAUUGCUGAUUCUCAAGGUGUUUGUUUCAUUCCAGGUUUGCAGGUUUCUGGGGAUGACCCAUAUUUAUGUGCUUCUUUUAUGGGGCUGAAACCUUCCACUAACAGGAACCACCUUGUUCGAGCUAUAUUGGAAUCUAUAGCUUUCAGGAACAAACUGCUUUAUGAUAUCAUUGUGAGGAAGGUGCACAUUCCUCUUCGAACUAUUCGAGCUGAUGGAGGUGUCAGUAAUAAUAGUUUUGUCAUGCAGAUGACAUCAGAUUUAAUUAAUAAGAAAAUAGAAAAACCUGCAAACACAGAAAUGUCUAGUCUUGGUGCAGCUUUUCUAGCAGGCCUUGCUUCAGGAUUUUGGACAGACAAAAAACAACUGAAGAAGCUGAGGCAAGUAGAAGCAGUGUUUGAGCCCCAAAAGGAUUCAGAGGAAUACAGACCUGCUAUGGAUGCAUGGCUGCAAGCAAUGAAACACUCACCACACCGGUAGAAAUUUGUAUUUUAAUUUUAGAAGAAUUAAGACGGUUUAAUCAUAUUUUAUAACAUCUUGACAUGAACAGGACAGUAAAAAACCAUAACUGAAAUUUGUGAUGGUGUAUUAUAAGUCGUGUGGUAUUUCAGUUCCCCCCCUGCUGCUGGAUUAUUUACCCUACUGUACUGAACCUUCCCAUCAUCCCUGUGGCAGCUGUGGUCCAGCUGCAGCAUUUGUGUCCCUUCAGUGACCUCCUUUGGGUGGCCCAGCUGCUCAAAUCCUACCAUGUACUGCCUGUGGGCUGUUCCAACUGGGAUGGGUUUUUCACUGAGCAGCUCCCCUCCCUUCAGAUCUUUAAAAUCUUGCUUGUGUUCAUCAUCCAGGAAGGCUAAAAGGCACAUUGACUCCCCUAGGCAUUGCCAAGAAAGAGCAUGAUUGUUGGGGCUGGGUUGUGAGGAAUUCAAUUGUGUACAAAGACAUUGUUUGGCAGUAGCCUGUUACCACCUUUUGGUUGACACUAGGCGCUGUGAUCACAUUAUUUGUGCACUAGAUCAAGAUGAAAUACAAAAGCAAAUAGGCUUUUAACACUCCAUUAAAAAAAUCCGGGAUUUUUGUAGGUGAUACUUUGUAGCUAGCUUGUAGCUCAAUUUUUUAAAAUUUUAUAAAGACCAAAAGUCAUUUUAUCUGGAGUGGCCAGCACAGAUACAUUAAAACUAGUUCCAGGUAUUCUAACUGGUAAAUAUCUGUACUGUUAGUAUCUUCAAGGCCAUUUUAAAAUCCUAUUAUUAAUAGCUAAAAGGGAGUAAAAAGUCUAUUUUUGAAGCUAUAAAUUACUUUUGUAUUUUUUAAACAAAUAAAAUAUAAUUAAAGAAAUGUGUAGUUAAUUAUUCUUAUAUAAUUGCUUAUUUCUAAUACUAAAUUAUUGUCAUUUUCUCAGGGUUAUGUGUAA